ACCAGAGAUAAAUAGUGCUCCGAUGAUCUGAAUCAUUCAUCAAACGGCCUGUGUCCACCGGCAAGACAACUUUAUCUCGUCUUCUUGUCCCUCGAUAAACUCGUAUCUGUGUACGUGUAGUUACGCGUAUCGUUGCAUUGUUAAACGUGUCUCGUCAUCUCGUUAUACGAUGUAGGUCCUGAUAUCAAUUUUGUCGUUAUCGCAUCUCUGCCUACUUCUUCAUCAGAGUGGUCAAACGUUAAGACAUUAUUGAGUUCAGUGCUCCAUUUUAGUGUGCCCACGACGAUCGGUUCGGGAGCUCGAAAAGUUUCUACUCGCUGCAAAUUUUUUUCUCUAUUGUCGCCAAUUUAACCUUGCGAAUUCCUUUAAUCGGUCAAUUAUUUCAAAAACCUUACAUUCAAAUUUUCGAUAUUACUUUCUGGAAAUUUUCACACAACAAGGAUCAAGCUGAAGCAUCGCUGGAACGAAUGGUUAUUAACCUCGAUGAUAGCAGAUAACUACGCUGAAUUACGGUUAUAGUGAUAAGUGAUACGAAGAGUAAUUGCCUAAUUCAAUAACCGGUGCAAACUGAGGGUAUAAAAAGCCGGAUGAGGAUGAUUGGAGAUUGACAGUAGUAAGAUACCAUCGUUUUAUUUUAAAGAUUUUUUUUUUUAUUUCUACAUUUAUCGGCCAAUGAAAACAAUUUUUGUUCUAUGAAUUUUAUUGCUCGUGUAAAAAUCCUGUAGUUCUAUUGCACGUCGAAAUGAACUAUUCCGAGACGGAUCGAUAAAUAUCAGUUGAAUAUUCAGUCGACUAGUCUCGUUAAUCUCGCGAUUGAUUUACAAACUCACGCAAUUUAAGCGUCGCGUAUUGAAGUGCAACGUGAAUGAAUAAUUAUCCAAUUACAUAUGUAACAGUUGAGUUUACCAAGUGGAUAAUAAGUGAAUAACGUGUUUAUCGAACGUGCAAACGUAGUAAAGAAUAUAAAACGAUGAAGUCGAAAGAGCGAUGUUUUACAAACAAGAUAAUUACAACAUCGGAAUCAAGCGAUUUUUCAAAUUUUUUAUAUGAAAUAACGAAAAAGUUUUGUAUUUACAAACGAGUUUUGCACGUUCGUUAAUUAAGAUAUCAAAUUUUCUCGAGAUUACGUUCCCAACUCAAUCGAAAUUCGACAUCUUCACUCUUCUAAAAAAAACUCCAAAAUCAAUCGAUCUGCAAGGUUCCGAAAUUCUCCAAAAAAUUCACUAUUUCAAAAAAUCUCAAUUUCUCACGUACAUUUAGAAUAUCACCAUAUUUUUCUUAUCGAUUCGGGAACAGACUCAACAUUUCUCACGGUAUUUUGUAACAUUUUUUUUAGAUAUCGAUAAUACAACAAACGAGGAGUCUCAAAUGAAUUUGUAACUGUCCAGAAUCGAGCCCUUUCAACGAUUUUAAAAAAAUCUAAAUGAAGAUUUUUCGCUGGCUUUUUCGGCCCAAAUGGUCGAGACGAUUCGUUAGGAUUCGAGCGCGUCGAGGGUUUUGAGUCAGAGCGCGAUAACCACUGUCAACGGCUUCCUAACUCUCUCUCUUACUCGAACGGUUUACUGCCGGCACACGCAGUGUUGAAUCAACGCACACCACCCCUCGACAUCCUUGUCAAUUGUACAGAGUAACCGUUAAUAAGCCUUUCCGACUUUUGUUGAGCGAUUGUAUAUAGCGGAGUGAUUUAUCUAUGAGCCUCUGUGUGAGACGCGAUUCGUUGGUGGAUCAUGUCGAGGAGGGGCCAAGGGGAAGGGGCAUAGUGAGUUUUCGGGCAGAUUACAAAACUCUGAUUUGUAUAUGGAUUUAGAAAAAACUUUCACGCUCACGAAUUCGUGAACGGGGAUUCCGGCGGAUCGUGUUUCUUGCGAAAUCUAAUGAGUUUAAUUUCAUCGAUGAAUUUUAAAACGUUGAUUAUUAAUUAAAGAGCAUUUGAAGAGUGAAAAAAUUGUAAAAAAUGUUUAAUUAUAUUGUUAUUGAUUUGCAGAUGCAUCAGGAAAAAAUGAAAAAAUUUCUCCCAUCGAGCAACUGUCGUUGAAGAAAGAGACAGGAAUUUUUAGUUCUCGAUAGAAUUUGUUUUAUUUCUCAUUUUAUCGAAAGAUCCGAGAUUGCGAGUUUUCGAGAUUGAGGAUUCUCUAGCUCCGCAGAGCGCAGUGCUAUUAAAAGCCACAAGAGCUAAGCGAGCAACAGAAGCUCUUUGGUUCUCGACUGUAUCAAAGCAUGGCUGUUAAAGAUUGGUUCCGAAGGCUUCAGCCGCUCCAGCUAUACGUCGUUCUCUUCUUCACCGUGGCUUUCUUCAUUGUCGAAAUAGUCACUAGUCACAUCACGCACUCGUUGACGUUGCUCCUUAACGCCUACCACAUGCUGUGCAACAUCGUUGCCCUCAUCGGUUACAUCGCUUCCGUUAAAUAUGGACACAAAGAUAAUUACCGAAGAGAAUACAACAGCGGUAGCAACUCUUCAAUUUGCAUUAAAGAAGAUGAGAAUGCUUCGAGCAUCUCAGUUCCGGCUAACGUUAAGCAAUCGUGCUCCGAGAGGAGGAUGAAAAAUACUUUCGGAUGGGCAAGAAUCGACAUUCUCACGAUGUUGGUGUGCUGCGUUCUCCUGGCAUCUUUCUGCUUUUCGCUUCUCGUCGAAGCCCUCCAGACUCUCGUCCACAUAGAUCAUCUCGACGAAAUGCACCAUCCACUUCCGGUAAUGUGUAUCGGAAUAUCAGGAAUUUUAUUGAACGGAUUUUGUUACAUCGUCAUCGGUGGCUACAUCUUCAAUCAGAGAGUAUUUCUUCACGUCGCCAAAGACGGCAGUGUCAUCAUGCAAAGAACCGUUCGUCCCGAAGUUGCGGUUGAAGGCGAAUUUCAAUUAUCUCCGGUUCUCAACACGAAAAACCCUCUGACUUUACAGAGACGUCAAAGCUUUCGUGAAAUGCUGCGUGACGUUUUUGGCUGUUUUCUCGUCGUUAUUGCCUCCAUUGUCGUCUACUUCACCGAUGCACAACUCGCCAAAUUCAUCGAUCCUAUUUUCGCCAUUAUUUCGGCGAUUCUACUCCUCGUUCUCAGUUAUCCUUACAUGAGAGAAUCUGGUCUGAUCCUAUUGCAAACGAUACCGAAUCACAUAAAUAUAGUGUCUCUGAAAAAGGAAUUACUCGUGGCAUUUCCUGGUAUCGUAAAUGUCCACGACCUCCACGUCUGGCAUCUCGCAGGCGCCAAAGUAAUAUGCACAGCGCAUAUCAUUUUUUUGGAUCCAAUGGUCUACGCAAGAAUCACUGACCAAGUCACGGGAUUCUUCGUUGAAAUGGGAAUAACUCAAGUUACUAUACAACCCGAAUUUCACAAAAUGAAAACAAACUCUGAACAGAGUCCUUGUCUUAUUCGUUGUCAUGGCAAACGUUGCAAAACGUCUCAAUGCUGUACGAAGGAAGUAACGAACGAAGUGACGAAAUCGGACCUUAAAAGAAGAGAAAGUACACAUUCGGUAGCGGAGGAAAGAUCCUUGGGAAUCCGGGAAACCGAUCGUUCCGUUAAUCACCGGAAAAGUUGUCCGGAGAGCAGCACGUUUGCGAUUGAUGUAGAAAUUGUUGGGAGUCGCGUAAAAGAGACGUGCAGGGAUAAUGGAGAAGCGAUCAGUGAUGCCUCGGAAUCGUUAUAAGCUGCCAAAGUAUUCAUAUCGAAUAGGUCAAACAAGAAAAAAGUUGUGCAGACCAUCUGAGAAAAAAUCUGCAGAAUCAUUUCCAUUGAUAAGUUUUUUAAAUAUUUUGAGACGAUAUAUUUAUUGAGUGAAGUGGAACAUGAAAUAUUUUCAAGGAUUUGUGAAAACUGAGAUUUAGAACACUGUUUCAGAAAUGUAAAUUGCUCAAAUCACCUUUGUGAUCAAAAAACAUGAUUCCAUGAUUCCAUUGUAAUUCAUCGAACACUGCUUAAUUCGUACGGUAAUAAAAUCGACAUUGAAAUACAAAA